AACAACUAGCGAAGCAUUCAGAGCUUCUGACAGGAUGUAAGAUUUUGAGAAUUUUCUGUGGUCUCGGCUGGCUCAGCCUCAGCAGGGGGAGAAUGGAGAUCAGAGUCGAGUGACACUCUGGAUUUGGACCCAAGCUAUCUCAGCGGCUGCUUUGCUGAAUAAUUGAUCCCUCAGCUUGUGACUGGUUAAAAAUGAGGAAGGCAGCGUUGAUGAUUUGGAUCAGCCUUUUGGUGCAAGUGUCCCAUUGUGCCCAGGGUCAUUAUGCCCGCAAACUUCUGAAUGACCUGAUGGAGGACUAUUCCAACGCUCUGAGACCAGUAGAGGACACAGACGCAGCCCUCAACGUCUCCCUGCAGAUCACCCUGUCACAGAUCAAAGAUAUGGAUGAGAGAAACCAGGUGUUAACCACCUACCUGUGGAUCAGGCAGGUCUGGCAUGAUGCUUACCUGAAGUGGGACAAGGAGGACUAUGACAACUUAGAGAUGAUCAACAUCCCCAGUGAUCUGGUUUGGAAACCAGACAUCGUCCUUUACAACAAAGCAGAUGACGAGGAGUCAGGUCCGUCCAACACCAAUGUGAAGCUGCGGUAUAAUGGAGAGAUCAUCUGGGAUUCUCCUGCCAUCACAAAGAGCACAUGUGUGGUGGACGUCGCCUACUUUCCCUUUGACUGGCAGCAAUGCAAUCUCACCUUUGGCUCCUGGACCUACAAUGGCAACCAGGUGGACAUCAGUUUGGGCAUGGACAGUGGUGACCUGUCUGACUUUGUGGACAACGUGGAGUGGGAGUGUCACGGCAUGCCGGCUGUUAGAAACGUCAUGAUGUACGGCUGCUGCUCCGACCCUUACACUGAGAUCACCUACACCCUGCUCCUGAAGCGCCGCUCCUCUUUCUACAUCUUCAACCUGCUCCUGCCCUGCUUCCUCAUCUCGUUCCUGGCCCCGCUGGGUUUCUACCUGCCGGCCGACUCGGGGGAAAAGGUUUCCCUGGGGGUCACAGUGCUGCUGGCGCUCACUGUGUUCCAGUUGUUGGUGGCUGAGAGCAUGCCUCCAGCAGAGAGCAUGCCCUACAUAGGAAAGUACUACAUUGCCACUAUGACUAUGAUCACUGCCUCGACUUCCCUCACCAUCUUCAUCAUGAACAUUCAUUUCUGCGGUGCUGAGGCCAAACCAGUCCCUCACUGGGCCAAAGUGCUCAUCAUUGACUACAUGUCGAAAAUCUUCUUUGUCUAUGAAGUGGGGGAGAACUGUACAACGCCGGAGAGUGAGAGAACCCCGCUGUACCCAGAGGAACCCAUGAGCGAUAGGGCCUGCUACCAAGACGACCGUUUCAAUGAUGGCUUCUACCAUCAUGACAGCGAUCCAUACAAGUACAGCAACGGCCACAGCAUGCAUCAUCAAAAUAACCAUCACAGAAGCCAUGCGAAUGGCAGCGCCAACAGCAGGCACCACCAUUAUAACAACCACAACAAUCAUGCUUCCAGGCUGGAGAGGGGUGAGACAAAGCAAGAGCCCCCACACCGCUACCACCACAUCAGGAGGGAUGAGCUGGACUACCAGGCCGCUCCUCAUCCACGAAACCUCCAGCAUCUGAAUGGGGGACUCAAGGAGCAGAUCCUCUACCCCUCAGAGAAGUAUCAGAUCCCUUCCUGCCCCUGCUGCUGCCCCUGCCUCCAACAUAAACAGGUGGUGAAGAACAUACAGUACAUUGCCAACUGUUUCCGUGAGCAGAGAGCCCAAUGUGUCAAGGCAGCAGAGUGGAAGAAGGUUGCCAAGGUGAUGGAUAGGUUCUUCAUGUGGAUCUUCUUCGUCAUGGUCUUCCUCAUGAGCAUCCUCAUCAUUGCCAAGGCGUCAUGACAGCGUCUUCAUUGUCUUUUAAUCAACAUUAAUCCUCAGAUAAAGCUGGGCCUCAGUGUUACUUAUUUCUACCUUAAUGCAACAUCAGAUAAAUCAAAACUGUUUUGUCCACAAGGAAAUUGUUUCCUACGUCAGUAUUGUGCUGUGUGUGUGUGUGUGUGUGUGUGUGUGUGUGUGUGUGUGUGUGUGUGUGUGUGUCUGUAUGUGAGUAGGUUUGUCAGGGUUCAUUGUUGUGUUUUGUUUUGCUUUGACAGAAAGAGGACAAGGUCGCCACACACAGUCAUCCCUUUAAUCACACACUCACACAGAAACUCGGCGAAGCAGCUUGAUUAGUUCAUGUCAGGUGUGCUUGCAUGUGUCACGGAGCAGUGGAGCGGUAAGACAAUCUAGGCCGUGCCUUGAACAUGCGUGGACUCCAUUAUUGAUGAGCUAACAGCCAGACAUCCCGCUAUAGGCAUUACAUUUCUUGCAUUGCGUUUUAAGCAACCAGGUGCUGCUGAUUUCUAGAGUCAAUUACAGGAGAACCAGCAGAAUAACCUUAAAUACUUAUUGAACAACUGUAUGAAUGAUCAAAAAGAGGGACAACUGAGCAACUAAAUGAUGAAUCAACCCUGCACUUAACUGAUUAUUACUGGUAGACUGCACAAGGUAAAUAUACCAUAGCCACUUUAAACUGGUAAAGUGUUUUUGUUUUGUUUCAGUGUUUGAGAUUGGUUUACAGGUUAAGACUUGGAGCAAAAGGGUGAAUGUUUACUUUUCUUAUUUCACAAAGAUCUGUCAUUUUAAACACAAUGCUCCUUAAAGCCUACCUCCCAGGAAUGAAGGGUGGAUGCACCAUAUCUACUGACUGAUUUACACCCUGCUCAUUGGUCCAGUAAAAAUAAACCUUAGAUAUUGUGGUAUCAAAUAUUGCUAUACUGCUUCUCUUAGCAGCUUGUGUUGUGGUUUAAAUGUAAUUUGGUUGUGUCAUGAAUUAUCACUGUAAUGUUUAAUCAUUUUUUUCUGCAAAAGCACAAAUUUUAUGUAUGCACACAGUAAUUUCUUUUGUUCUGUUUAUGAAGAUGAACUCAUAUUUGGCAUUAAUAGUCAUAUAUAAAUCUGAUAAAGGCACAGAAAUCUCUCAGUAGCAGCUAAGGUAAAAUUCCUGUGAACAAAUAUUUAUAGGGACACUCAAAUGUAUGUAAUCUCUGCAAUUAUAUAAGCUGUGAUGGACCAACAGUGUCACAAACAAAGCUCCCUGACAUUUCAGCAAGACUGCAGAGGGCAGGCGAGGCCAUGAGCCAAGUGAAGUUUCUGUAGACAUUUCCAUUCUGCAGAAAGCCUCUAGAGGGCAAUGAAAGAUUCAGUUACUGACUGACUGGCUGAAUGAAUGAAUGAAUGAAUGAAUGAAUGAAUAAUCUAAUGAAUGAACUCCAUGCAUGACAAAGUGCAUGUAAAUACAUUUAUUUACCAACCUUAAGCAACUUAAUAAUGACAAAAGACAUAAAUGACAGAGAAUCAAAGAAUCAAAAAAAGCAUCAACACAUCCUUUUAAUGGGCUGUAGUUUAAAAAAUGUGUAGCAAAGCGCAUAACGCCACAUGAAAAUAAAACUGGUAAAGCAUAAUUUAUUAUCUGAUUUUUGUAAUGCAUUUUUU